UCUAAGGAUGACACAACGACCAUCAAAGAACUCAAAGACCAUACUUGUGGUCUUGGCAAGACCAGUCUUGUGAACUUGCCUUCCAAGAACGAAAUUGGGGUGUAAUGAAUCAAGGGAUUGGUCAUGUUCCGUGAGGAGGCAACUUAUGUAUCCCUGAUAUUUGGGGCAGGGCAAGACCAAUAUCCGGGGAUUUUUUUUUUUUUUACCGUCCUCGUGUGCAAUGGAAGAUGAUGUAAAACGGGCACACGAGAACACAAAUACGGUCAAGUAUGCAUAUUGAGAUUCACCCUAUUUCUACCGCCAAACAUAAGAUUGAGCCUGCCGUCACUUCCUGGUUUGCCAGUUCGCCGAGUUCGCCGGACGCCAAGCUGCCGAGCGCUGCGCGCUUUUAUGUUAACCGUCUGCUGGAAGGUGAUGUACCUCCGUCGUCUGAAUGCUCCUCUGACGGUGGUGUGAUUUUCAGCUCCUCGAAGUUGGCCAUGGCGGUGGAGUUCGGUAACAGUGCCGUGGUGAUAAAAUACGGCACCGUACUGUCUUUCGUGAUGGUCCUGCUGGCGUACUGGCUGCGCCCGCCCGUUCGGGAUACGCUUGAUGGGAGGCUGGACACCGUGCUGUCCUCGCUGCUCCGAGCCGAGCGCAAAGCGGGCCUCAGUGACUUCGCAAGACCCAGAGUCGCUAUAGGUUUCGGGGGCUGUGUGGACAUCAUCGUGGACGGCGUGACGCUCCUGAACAAGGUCGGCCUGGAGCCCAGCAGCCAGCCUCUCCACCACGACUACAUCGAGAACGCUGAGCAGCUGGCACAGAGCUUUGCUUACUUCUUCCCCCCAGGCGCUGCGUCCGAGAGGUUCGUCAUGAACGACACCCUCUUCAGUCAGCUGGUGGAGGCGUCCCGAGAGUUACCAGGAAACCGCUGGUCACUGGGGGGCAACGCGGCCGUCAUGGCCAGUCGCAUGGCGCUAGAGGGCUGUGAGGUGUUGCUUGGAGCCGACUUCAGCCCCGAGCUCACUGACGUGCUUCCGCAGCAAAUAACUGUGGUAGGCAAUGUGGUAGAGGAACCUGACAUCCACCUCAUCCUGGAGUAUCCCUCUGGUGCCACUUGGGGGCAGUAUACCUCAAAAAGGGCUAACAGGUUCAUUGUCCACAGCGAUGACCACAACCCAUAUUUGGCUUCAAUGGAAGCUUUUGAACGUAAGCUGAAGGAUUUCCACCCUGACCUCCUGGUGGUUGGCGGCAUGCAGAUGAUGGACAACUUCCCUUUUCGGAAAGGUGAGCGCGAGGCCCUGCUGGACCGCCUAGCGCAGCUGCUGGACUCCAGCUCUCCGGGGAUGGGCGUGCACUUCGAGAUGGCCAGCUUCGUGGACGAGGGCCUGCUGUCGGAGCUUCUGCGGCUGGUGCUGCCACGCGCCGACUCGCUGGGCAUGAACGAGCAGGAGCUGCCCAACCUGCUGAGCCUGCUGCGGGGCGGCAGUGUCACCCUGCUGUCAGACCCCAACCCACGCGUGGCCACCGUGCUCGACCAGAUGCGGGAGCUCUACCGGCUGGUGAAUCGGCAGCGGCGGGACUCCGGCAGCGGCCGGCCGCUCACACGGGUACACGUGCACACGCUGGCCUUCCAGGCCAUCAUCGUGACUCGCGGCUCCCAGUGGAAGAACACCAUGUCGGCUACAGCCAAGGCCUCGCUCACCGCCAACCGGCACGUGUGCGGCUCGCCGGAUAUCAACCUCAGCAAGGCCAAGCUCAUCCUGGACGAGUCCUUCUCCGUCAGCCGGAGGGAGGGCAGCCAGCGCAUACCGCUCCAGGAGACGCGGCCAGUGUCCUGCUGGCACGAGGACGACUAUGAGGUGUGCGUGGCCCCCGUGCUGGUGUGCACCGAGGUGUACCAGACCGCGGGGGGUGGGGACAACAUCUCUGCCGCAGGCCUGGUGCUGCAGAUAUGACCACAACUGUGAUGGCUUCAGGGCUCGUACAUAAGUGAGGCAUCCCAUACGGCGUCUUUUAAUUUUUGAGUUAUCUUUUAGUUAAGCUGUGUAUGCUACUGAAGAUGGGAUUUAGUGUGCUUUUGUUCACCAGCUGUCAUUUCUGUUGUCUGUAGUUCCCUGAGGAAUGGUUUUUUUUUAUUUUUUUUAUAUAUAUAUAUAUAUAUAUAUAUAUAUAUAUAUAUAUAUAUAUAUAAAUUAAAAAAAACCAUAUAUAUAUAUAAAAUUCUUUUCUUUUCUUUUCUUCCCCCCUAGGGGUGUUCCACCAAGCAAGAUUUUCCAGUUAGCUGGAUUAAUUUAAAACAGAAGUCAUGAUUGUCCAAUAGGAAUGCUUCUCACCUUAUUGCGCAAUCAUUAGAACUAGAUUAAGUUAACCCAGCUAACAGAGAAAUCCUGCUUCGUGGAACACCAUCAGGUCUUAAGUAAAAUUCAUGUCCAUUGUUAGCAGCCUAACCAAUGAAAUUCUGCUCCUAGAUAUUGUAUGAGAACCUGAGCUUGCUUAUUUUUACUAAAGGAUGAUCACUGUAUACAAGACAGUGGCUGAUCCGAGAUCUUUUUGCCUUCUGUUAUGGAACACCUUAAGAUGCCUUUUAUCCUUCUCCAUUUUUCUCAGUCAUUCCUUACUAAACCCUGGGAUCAAUGUCCUUUUCAGGUCCCUGUCGCUUAGCUUUCCCAGUUUGAAAAUGAAUGAAUGGUCUUGUACUGUGAAGGUAGAUUUGGUGGGAAAAUCUUUAGAUUUUUUUUUUUCAUAAUGAGGGGAUGUGGGACAUUUUGAAUGUUUGUUUUUAAGCUUCUUUUCUUUUAUUCUCCCACCCUUGUGAUAUGUUUUGAAGUCUAUUCUCUGUUCCAUAUCAUUCUUUUUUUAUAUAUAUAUAUAUAUGUAUAUGUAUGCCUGAAUGCAGAUGUUGAUAUCGCCAGUUCAGUUAUUUCUGUAUGAGAAUUUAAAAUUAGGACUGGAAGGCUGUGCUGUAAAUCCUAUAUUUAAAAUGUUUUGGAAAUUGCAGAGCUCGUGUUCACCUGAAAAAGCCCGGUGUGCUUCACUUCAGCCACUGGUAGCCUGUUUGUGCUUUUCGUGUCGGGGGCUGGUCUGAGCUCAUUUCAGCAUCACUGUACAGCAGCAUGUUAGAUGUACCUCCUGUGCCUAAUCCCACAACCGAUGCAAUAUGAAGAGCACGGCGUGGGGAAGCGGCAGGUCGCAGUAAUGGCCCUCGUGCUUGCUGACGACAGCACCUCUCAGGGACACACUGUGGCCAGGGAAGUAGAUAACCAUCUCUGCUAUUGUCUCUCUUCCUAAACCGCCUUGGUUUAGCCUUUGUGUUCUGUGGUAACUUUAUUCCCUUUCUUAUACAAAGAGACACUUGAUGCCGUAUUUUCUGUGCCAUUCUGCAAUGGUUUUUAAUUUAUUCCGCUGCUCUCAUGAUUAUCCACUCCCGUAGUCUUAAUUUUGAAAAUGAGCUGGGGGCUCUGUCUUCUGUGAAAGGACACAAUCCCAACUGUGGGUGGGAAUCUAUCCAGCAGGCUCCCAUCCUCUUGACCACAAUGCUGUGGGGUGGGUGUCGGGGAUUAUGUCUGUGGGUGUAGUUGCAGAGCAACUUAUGGUGCUGAACUCAGGCUCCAUGUGCUGGUUUAAAGGAAAUCUGUGAAUGUCCAUCAGAGGGCUUGUUAGGGUAUGGAAAGAAUAAAAUAAUAGUUCAAUUAA